GCCAUAACGAGUCUUCAGUGAGCCGGAGACAGUUGAAUAAUGAAACCGUUUCUAAAACAGACAUGGGCGGUAUCUGCAGUUCUUAUAAACAUGGUCGGGCAGGGUAUACUGCUGAGCUACACCACAAGUCUCCUGCCAGCUCUACAAGCACCUGACUCUCCCAUACCAACCGAUUUGGAUACGGCUUCAUGGCUAUCGUCAUCGGUUGGCAUUUCUGGAAUACCUGGUUUCUUCAUGUCCUCGACUCUUAUGGAAGCAUACGGACGAAAAGUUGCCCAUUUUAUUAUCAUGAUGCCCGGACUGAUAGGCUGGUUAUUGAUAUACUUCGGUAACAACAUCCCCGUGCUAAUGAUAGGGAGGAUUCUGGGUGGAAUGAGCGCUGGCGGUACAGUCGCGUUAGGAGCCAUUGUCAUCGGAGAAUACAGUAGUCCGAAAUAUCGAGGAAUGUAUUUAAAUAUGAAAACAGCUUCGGUAUGCUUAGGGGGGAUGCUCGUCCAUAUCUUAGGACACUUUUACAAUUGGAGGACUGUCGCUUUGCAAGCAACGAUUCCAUAUAUUAUUUCAAUGGCGAUCAUUAGCACGUGGCCCGAGAGCCCUGCGUGGUUAAUAUCGAAGCAGCAAUACGAGCAAAGCGAAAAAAACUUCUAUUUUCUGCGUGGAAAGACAGAAGAAUCGUACAGAGAACUGGAAAACAUGAUGCAAUCGCAAACCAAUAGAGUUGCGACGAAGACGAAAGAAUUAACAUUUACGGAUAAGCUAGUUGAUUUCUUAAAGAAAUUCACGAAGAAGAACUUCUUGAAGCCGCUCUUUAUAUUACUGAACGGAACUAUCCUGUUAGAAACGUGCGGCCGACACAUAUUCCCCGCUUACGCAUUGCAGAUUAUAGCCGAAAUUACUGGGAGCAAAUCGCAAUCAUUUUACUACACAAUGUGCAUAGAUGUGAUUAUAACUGUUAGUGCGGUUUGCUCUUCCAUAUUAGUCAAAGUGAUGAAAAGACGUACCUUACUUUUUUCUACCGGAUUUGCUGCGUUUUUUGUCUUAAUUAUUGUUUGUGCUUAUCUAUUUUUGGUGGCUCAGGGAGUGAUACCUGAUAAAUACCACUGGGUUCCUAUAGCUUUAUUUGUGGUUUAUUUUAUUCUUGCUAAUUUAGGUUGCACCCCGAUACCUUUGGCGUUUUUAGGAGAACUAUUCCCGUUGGAGCAUAGGGGAGCGGGUUCAGCUGUAGCAGGGAUAUUCAUGUCCGUUAUACUCAUGCUUGGAUUACUUUUAACACCCCAUUUAUUAGCCAAGAUCGCUGUGCACGGUACGUUCGCUGUUUUCGGCAUUAUUAUGGGUAUUUCUUUGGCAAUAUUAUAUGUCACAUUACCCGAAACGAAAGAUAAGACGCUUCAAGAAAUCGAGGAUUACUUUAAUUACGGUAAAUUUAAGGACUUCAAAAAUGUUGAAGAGCCAGACGUUAAAACUAAAAUGCUUAAGUGA